GUCACCCUUCCUCCUCCCUUCAAUCAAUCCAUCAUCCUCUCUUCAAAUCGAAAAUCACCCAUUUGAAUUUCUUUUUCCCUAUUUUGCCCUUCUCAGCUCUGAAAGAAUCGAAUUCUCUAUCUGGGCUCUUCCUAUUCAUCGAUUUCAUUUAUUGGGCGCCGACGAUUUCGAUCGGAUUUUUAUAUUCCAGCCCGUUUCAUGUAUUGGGUGCCGAUGAUUUCGAUCGGAUUUUGAUACUUUCGUCCGUUUCUGGAUCUGCGUUCUCUUCUUUAUCGAUUUCGGCUAUCGGGGUACCCAAGUUUUCGGUCGAAUUUCAAGAAAUCAGUCGCCCAUCGAUGCGUUCUUCUUUGUGUUCGCCUCUCAGUAUGGUCAGUGGCGAUUCCCGUAAAUUGGAAGAUGUAUAGCAGCAAUUCGUCCUCGGUCUAGACACUACGGACGUUUUAAUCCACUGGCGAUGGCGGCUUUCCAAUUGGGUCUUUUAAUGAUAUUGCAAUUGGGUACUAUUUCUACCGGUGGGUCGGUAUUUCAGUCCAAGGAUUGUGGGCCCGAGCAGUUAUCUUAUCUGAGGCCUUCCUCAGAUUUAGAAUUAUUGUACAUAAAUGGAAAGGCCGUAGAUGCUGUUUUGUUCUGUGAGAGACUGGAAUUCCAUUACGCGGGUGGUUGUUUUUGUGGUUCUGAGGUGGUUGAAUGGGGCGGAGUUGGUAAGAAGUAUUGCGGUUUGGAGCUUUCAGUCUUUAAUAGUUUGGAAUGCAUCCAUCCUGCAGUGGAUGUACCUCAAAGAGCAGGAAGAAAGCUUCUACCAGAGUUGAAAACAAAUGAUUCCCUAGUUCAAUCAACAGAGGAAAAGCACAGUAACUCUGUGUCUUUGAACCCGAAGAACAUAGCCAUGGCAGCAUCGGGAAUGUUCCUUCUCUGUUGUGCAUUAGUAUGCCCCUGCUUUCGUGCAAGAAGGAAAGAGACGGCGCAUACUGCUCUUACCAAGGAGCCAAAUUCAAUGGAUUCAGUUUCCUCUGUGGAAGUAAGUUCUGUUUCUGAAAGAGUUCCGCCAAGUCCACUUCGAGUACCUCCUAGUCCAUCUCGGUUUUCAUCAUCUCCACAGUUGAAUAGAGUUGGAUCGAUACAUCUCAAUAUGAGUCAGAUUAACAAAGCUACCCGCAACUUCUCCCCAGCACUAAAGAUAGGUGAAGGAGGUUUCGGGACUGUCUACAGGGCUCAGUUGCAAGACGGUCAGGUCGUUGCAAUUAAAAGAGCCAAGAAGGAACAUUUUGACUCUCUCCGAACUGAAUUCAGCAGUGAAAUUGAACUAUUGGCCAAAAUUGAACAUCGAAAUUUAGUGAAGCUACUUGGGUAUGUUGAUAAAGGAACUGAGCGCGUUAUCAUUACCGAAUACAUUCCAAAUGGUACUCUUAGGGAACAUCUUGAUGGUCAGCAUGGAAGAAUUUUAGAUUUUAAUCAGCGUUUAGAGAUAGCCAUUGAUGUCACGCACGCCCUAACUUAUCUCCAUUUAUACGCGGAAAAGCCGAUAAUCCACCGAGAUGUGAAAUCGUCGAACAUUCUGCUGACAGAAAGUUUCAGAGCUAAGGUGGCUGAUUUUGGGUUUGCGAGACUGGGUCCAAUGGAAGCGGAUCAAACUCAUAUCUCCACCAAAGUUAAAGGAACUGCUGGGUACCUUGAUCCUGAAUACCUAAAGACCUACCAACUCACACCCAAAAGCGAUGUAUAUUCCUUCGGCAUUUUACUUGUAGAAAUUCUCUCUGGACGCCGCCCCGUUGAGUUGAAAAGAAGUGCUGAUGAGAGGGUAACAGUUAGAUGGGCGUUCAAGAAGUACAAUGAAGGCAAUUUUGGGGAUGUCAUGGAUCCUUCAAUGCAGGAAGUGGUAGAUGGGGAGAUACUGUCCAAGAUGUUCGGCCUGGCAUUUCAAUGUGCUGCUCCUACACGGUCCGACCGACCGACCAUGAAAGAGGUAGGAGAGCAACUUUGGGGUAUAAGGAUUGACUAUCUUAGAAGUGUCAGGAGAGGGUAGAGUGGCUUGAAACUACCCCAUUUGUUCUUCUUGUGAGUUGUGAAUGAGAGGUGGAAAUGUAACAGCAUUCCUGAGCUCAUAUGCUCAAGGCUAUCUGUUUUCCUUUUACCUGUAAACAAUUUCUGAUAGCGAUUUUAAACAAACUUUACUUUGUGGCCUUUGUUGUUCCUCUCCCAGUCUGAUGCAAGUAUGAUGGUUUUGUACCAUGGCAUUUCCAACGACUGUGGAAGCAGUUUUUAGAAUUAUGUUCGUAGUGACUAGAAACCUGGCCGAGCAGACCUUACUCAGUGUAAUUUAGUCAAGUCACCUAUUUGCGUUGAGUCACUUUGCAACACUUUACCAAUUUAAUGGGGAAAGCAGUUUUAUUUUA